AUGGAGGACGCCAAGCGACCGGUCUUUGGGGCCGAGGCGGAGCGCAUCGGCACCCGAUUGGAUGAGGCAACCGAUGAGUUCCUCAAGGAAACAAAAAGCUGCCGGGCCCUGCAGAUCCCACCAGGGCAAGAUCAGUUGACCGCAAUGGAGUAUGUGGCCUAUUUGGGCAUCAACCUGCAGUUGGAGCCAGAGCUUUCCUGGGUGGCGCGGGAGAUGCUUGCUGCUCCUAUGCCACCGCAAGCCGAGAUGAAGGUUAGCAAGGCCGGCGUGUGUUACUUUCACGAUUUGCUCAAUGAUUAUUACACCAUCGAGCACCCCUUGACACAGAGGUACCUGAAAGUCUUGGAGCGCCAGCGGCUAGAUCUCUUGUGUCUGCGGACCAAGCCGUCCGUGAAUGGCCUCCUUUUCUCGCAGCCGGACAUGCUCUUCAACAAGCAGUUCCGCAACCUUCAGAUUCCGUGUCAAUCCUGCGGGGUGAUGCAGUCCACGCUGAAGUGCAACCAGUGCCUCAUGUCCUUCUGCCAAUCUUGCGCAGAUGCCCUGCACAAGAAUGCACUGGGUCCCAGGAGCCUCCUCGGAAUUUCCUACAAUAGGUUUGACGAGGUGUUAGCCCACUACAAGGCAGAGGGCUACACCAAGAAAGAGGUGCAGAGUUACUGGGACCAGGUUUGCACUGCGAAAGCGACGAAGGAGCCCAAGGCCGGACUCGAUUUCAGUGACGUGGGGCUGUGCCGACUGCAAGUGCCUUUUGAGAUGCAUCGCGGCAUCGCGGGAAGCGAGCUGCAGGCCAAAGCCGAAAAGCCGGCAAAGGCCAAGGCCGCGUGGACGGGCAAAGGAGUGCAGAUGUGUCAGAUCGGGGUCCGCGGCGCUGAGGUCAAGGCCGCUCCAAAGGCGCAGGUGCAGCCGGAGCCAAAGCCAAAGGCCAAGGCCAAAGCUUUGCGUGGUGCCAAGGACACCGUGGUAGAGGACCCGUCCGUGAUGCGGACAAGCACACGUCUGCCCAGAACGCGGGCAGUUCUCAAGAACAUGAGGAGACGGGACAAGGACUGGCGAAUCGGAGCCAUCGUGUACCAGCUCUUCGUGGACCGCUUCGCACCACCCGAUGACUUCGAGGCCAAGAAAAAGCUGUACCCAGAUGAAGCCACCUUCCACGGCUGGAAAGAACUGCCGAAGGGAGGACAGCUUGUGGAAUCGGCUGGAUAUUACAGCAACGAGCUGGCUUUCUGGGGUGGGGACUUGCCGAGCCUCACCUCAAAGCUGGACUACAUCGACGGCUUAGGAAUCGAUGUGCUGUACCUGCAGCCGAUCACCAAAAGCUACUCCAACCAUAAGUACGACACCAUCGACUACAAGCAGUUGGAUUCGCAGUAUGGGACCGAUGCCGAUUUCAAGACGCUUUCCGACAAAGUCCAUGACAAAGGCAUGAAGUUGGUGCUCGACUUCGUGUUCAACCACUGCGGCAAGCGAUGUCAGCUGGUGCAGGAUGCCCUUGCAGAUGCAUCCUCUCCAAAGAGGAAGUAUUUCUUCAUGGGGGACGAGUACAAGCCUCAUGGAUACAAGGAAAUGCAAGACCUUGCAAUGAAGUUGGUGCAGGUGUGGGGCUGUGCGCCGGCUUUGGUCGAGUUUGCCUUGGAAAACAAGGCCAACCUUGGCCAUGCAAAGUGCCCAGAGGAGAAGACCACUGUCAUGGACCCUGUGCAGGAGCUGCAGAAGCAUCUGUGGGAUGCCCCAGAUUCGGCCCUUGCCACCUGGCUGUCGAAAGGUGCUGAUGGAGCGCGGCUGGAUGUUGCCUCGGAGAUAGGCCUGGAGCUACUGGCCUCAAUCACACGCGCAGCUCACAAGUACAAGAAGGACAGCUUGGUGAUUGGAGAGGUUUGGGCGUAUUCACCUCAUUGGACACAGUGUAUGGAUGCAGUCAUGAGCCUCCACAUGGGUGUGCUCGUCUACGGGCUGGCGGAGGGCGCUUUACCCGGCCCGUCUGCGGCACAAAGCCUGUCGAGGAUGAUUGCAGAUUCCAGCAUGGACGAGGUGCUGAAAUGCUGGAUUGUCGUCAGCAAUCACGACAUGCCGCGAUUAGCUCACAGGCUACCUGAUCUGCAGGCGCGGAAGUUUGCGCAGUGCCUGCAAUUUACCUGGCCGGGAUGCCCUUUAAUCUACUAUGGCGAUGAGCUGGGAUUGGAAGGCGGCGAGGACCCUCACAACCGAGCUCCAAUGCCGUGGGAGCGCAACAAUGACCAGAAUGAGAUGUUGCAGCAUACGAAAAUGCUGAUUCAGCUCCGGAAGAGCAACCGAGCCUUGAGAAUAGGCGAUUAUCGGGACUUGCCUACCACGAAGCUGAUGGCAUUCAUUCGCACCACUGAUCGCGUCAGCGAUGUCAUGAUCGUCCUUGCAAACCCUACAUCGGAGGUCGUCAAGGAGAUGGUAGUGGUGCCCGUGCCGGCCAUUCUGGGCCACACGCUGUUCAAGGAUCAGCUGAGCGGAGAGGAGAUGCGGCUGCUCGGCUCCACGCUCACCGUAGACGUCGCUCCGAAGACGGUACGAGUGUAUGCGAUGGUGAAUGAGGUUGGAAACCCGAGCGGGGACCAGUAUAAGCGCACAUGGGGUCAUUGGGCUUCAUUCCCCAGUGUGAAGCCUUAG